CCAUUUUUAAAAUCCGCCUCUUGUCUCUGAUUGGUCAGUUUUCCUGUCAGUCUUUCUCCUGCCGGGGCCAGUCAUUUGCAGGUGCAGAGGCUCAGAGUUGGAGCUGCUGCUGUAGACGAGGAAGGAGGAGAAAAAAACGCUCACAAUAAGAUGGCGUCUGCAAAUGCCACAUACGGACAAAAGGAGUCCUCAGACCAGAACUUUGAUUACAUGUUUAAGAUCCUAAUCAUUGGCAACAGCAGUGUUGGAAAGACCUCCUUCCUUUUCCGCUACGCAGAUGACUCAUUCACCCCAGCCUUUGUCAGCACAGUGGGCAUUGACUUCAAGGUCAAGACCAUCUACAGGAACGACAAAAGGAUAAAGCUGCAGAUCUGGGACACUGCUGGCCAAGAGCGCUACAGGACAAUCACCACGGCGUAUUACAGGGGAGCCAUGGGCUUCAUCCUCAUGUAUGACAUCACCAAUGAGGAAUCUUUCAAUGCUGUGCAGGACUGGUCGACCCAGAUCAAGACAUACUCGUGGGAUAAUGCUCAGGUGCUGCUGGUGGGAAACAAGUGUGACAUGGAGGAUGAAAGAGUCGUGGCUCCAGAGAGGGGCCGGCAGCUGUCGGAGCAGCUGGGUUUUGAGUACUUUGAAGCCAGUGCCAAAGACAACAUUAACGUGAAGCAGACGUUUGAGCGCCUGGUGGACAUCAUCUGUGAGAGGAUGACAGAGAGUCUGGACAACAAUGACCCAGCUGUAACCGGAACCAAACAGGGGCCACAGCUCAGUGAACAGCCUCAGAGGACCAGUCAGGAUUGUGCUUGUUAAACACCACCAAAAUGCAAAUAUAGGUAAUCUCACACAGACUGCUCUCUUAAAAACACACACACACAUAGCUGUUUUUUUUAUGUCCCUCCUGCUUUUAUUAUACACUUAGACCAGAAAAUCAAACACACUAACACUGCCAUACAUAGUCACACACCCUGAGCGCUAUCAUCCUCCACCCCUCUCACUUCAUCAUGAGUACACAAGCCUGUUUUGACCUGAGGUGGAGGAGAUAUUUGAGAGUGGUAUUGUCAGAGGAGUGAAGAGCGGCUAACAAACAUUCCCGAGUUUCUGUGUCGUCUUGGCUUCAUGAUUAUAGCUUAAUUUCUGUUUUUAUGUCAGUGAUUGGGUGUAACUGGUUGUGAAGGGAGAACUCUUCCUCUUCCUCCAGGGCUUAGUCACUAAUGCCUCGUACAGUAAUUAAAAUGGUUGCUGUUGUUUGACCCCUUUUUUCAUUGAUAAUAAUACUGUUGCUGUGGAUAGAGUUGAUGUUUUUUGUUGUCUGUUCUAGGCACGUCAAAUCUCUCCUGUAUCCCAGUGAUCCAUUUUUAACUGAAUAUGGUCCAGACCAGGUGUGUCCAAAAUAUCUGUGGGUUUAACAUAUCACACCUUUUUCAAGGUCCACAAAUCCCUACUACAGAAAAAGAUAAUUUAACUGAAUGUUGACCAAGUUAUUCUGCUGCCAAGGGUCACAUCCCAGCUGUUAAAGAUCUCUACCUGUCAGUGCAGCUCUUUGGACUAUAUUGUUUUCUAUGUACGUGCUCAAAAUAUAACGACAAGGUCAAAGGAACAUUAAGUGGUUCCUUGAUUUUAAGAAGAUUUAUAGAUUCCACUGUGUGUGUGUGUGUGUGUUAACUAAGUAACUGUUAAAGUAUAGUGCCAAUGUACUGGUAGUGGAAUCAGUUGCUUUGUAUUUACAAUAAUAUUUUGAGCAUAAACAAGGGUUCUGAUACUAACCCCCUAAGAGUGAGUCUCUGGACCAGCUGGACUGUGCUAGUAAGCAGUGGAAUAACCCAGUCUAUGUUCUACUAAGCUGUUUUAUUAAUUACCACCUGAACUUGGUGAACAUUAACAACAGCAAGUCACCAAAUAUCCCUAUAUUUAGGCCCUCGUUAGUAACAGUGAUUUCUAGUUUAUGCCACAUAAUAGUUCAAGGUUAAAAAACUGUUUUAUAUUUAAGGAGCUGCAUCAUAUUUAGAGCUGCUAGUUUUUUUUAUUGCUAUUAUUACCUUUACUUUUUGUUACUGUUUUACAGACAAAAACUUUAUGAAAGGCAGAGAUGUCUUUCACCACGUGGCUAAGGGUGUAUAAAUGUGAUACAGUGGACAGCUGUGCAUUUUUAAAUUGCACAUAUAUUAACAAAUGCAUAUAAAAAAAAUAAUAUAAUACAAUUUUUGACCUAGAGACACUGGAUCCCAACCUGUGUCUUAGUGACAGGUGCAUGUUGUUUGUGUGUUGACCAGUGCUGGUUGACUGGUGUGUGUGUGUGAGAGAGAGAGAGAGAUGUCAAUCUGUCAGACUGUUUCAGAACCAAGUGAGGCUCCAGGCCCUUCUGUUUUAAGGCCCUUAGUAUUAACUUUCUCUGACUGCAUUCACUUCACCAUGUGCUCACUAGAAAGGCAUAUGAUUGAGCGUGAACCCUGGUUAACCACAGAGCUGCAGUCUCCAUCAACCUCCAGAAAGUAUGAAACUUUGGAUAUUUCCGUCUUUAUUUUGGGGAGAGGGUUGAUGCUAUGGUUAAGGAUUCGUCUGAAAACAAAUGUAAUGAGGCAUGUGAAAAUAUUUUUAAGUUAUUUGAAAUCAGAAUUUAUUUAUUUUGUAUUAUUUAUACUUUUUGAAAUGUUUAGUUUGCUGCAGGAGUUUUUUUUUUUUAAAUUAAAACAAAGCAUAUCUCAGUCACCAGUACUUCUUUAUGGUUUCAUAAAAUAAUGAACCGGUUGAUAUUUUUUAUUUGUGAUGAGAACAUUCAAUUAGUCCUCCUUCAUGUCUCAUGAUUUCCCCCCUGAUUUUUGGAAAAUAUGUCAGUUGUUAAUCACAGAAGGACAGGCUCAGCUAACGCUGCUCUGGCCCGUGUGUGUGCAACCAGUGCACCUUUAACAAUGUUGCACCAGAACUUAUGCAUAACUACAUGUUGGAAGCACUACUAACUUGUCAUGUUACACAAGAGAAACAGCCCACUUCAAUGGCAGAGUUACUCUACUGCCAUCUACAAUUUUUUUUACUCCACCCUACAACAUUUUUUUUUUUAAUUUUAAGAAAAGGCUACAAACCAAAAUACAAACUACCCUACCAGUCUCUACAAAUUGUUUUUUCUAUCUUCUGUAUGAAUUUGUUUGUUUGUUGUUGUUUUUUUAUUUUAAUUUCAGCCUUUUAUAUGCUGGGUUUACAGUGAGCAAGACAUUUCAACGCUUCCUCAAGGGGGGAAAUGAAACAUUCCAGUUUGAAAGCUUCUUAUCAUGUCCACAAACUCUGGAGGGAAGUCUGUUUGUCUUUUAAUUCCAGUUAUGUAACUUUUUAAGACAUGGUGGUUUCAAAGGUCGACUGUUUUUGUAGAGCAAUAGCAGUUAUUUCUCCACACCCAAAUAUCAGUAUCAUACAACCCUGCUCAGGGUUCGUAACAUACUGUUCUGGACUGGACUGUUUGUGUGUGUGUGUGUGUGAAGGAAGUCCUAGUUGUUCUUUCCAAAGAGGUUUGAACUGAAGAGGAUGAGAAACAAAAAGUGGUUCGACACACAUUUGUACAGACUUUCCCUGAGAGACGUGGCUGGUGGUGCUCAGAAAAUGACAGAAUAUUUUGAACACUUAAACAUUAAAAAGUAACUUUUGCAUCAUUUCUCCCUAUCCCUUCUGUUAAUUUAUUUAGUUUAUUUCAUGCCGAAUCAGGAACAUGCAUCAAACCUCUCACAUUUUUCCUCCCUCUCUGUCAAAAAUAACCCCUGUAUAGGAAUUUGUCUGACCGUUGGGUAUUAGUUGUGUGAAUUGUGCUGUAAUUCUGUUUAUGUCACGUUUGCUAAAAUGAAGAUUCAAUAAAUGAACUCUAAAUACUGUCGAUUUCUUUGUUCAAUAUUUCUUGAACAGUGAGGACGUGAUGUCUCCAAAAUGGUUUGGACCUGAUUUUCUUUUUGUGCCCACUAGAGGGCACAAAAAUCCCCUGGUUUCUGCAUUUAGGAGUAGUUUGACCAUCUAUGGUUUGGUUCAACUAUUCUUCUGCUCUUACUCUGACCCCCAAAGUUUCAACUGUGUGUGAAAAAAAUGUGGUAAAACAAGCAUAGCUCCAUGCUCUGCAGUAAAAAAAAAAUGAAAAAAAGAACAUGUAUUUCUUAAAGUAAUGUAGUGACUUU